AUGGCUUGGCUAAAGCUGCAGCCUCUUGCAUCAACAUUUCUCCACUUUGGACUUAUUACCUUUGUGUUGUUUCUCCAAAGUCUUCAAGUUCAUGCUGCUGCCGCAGGGAACCCCCCAAGUGCUGGACAAAACAAAACCUGCUCAGGUUCUUUUAACUGUAAGGCAGGCGUUAUUCUACCAAUAUGGUAUCCAGAAAACCCAUCCCUGGGGGACAAAAUUGCCAGAGUCAUUGUGUACUUUGUGGCAAUGAUUUACAUGUUUCUUGGGGUGUCCAUCAUUGCAGACCGAUUCAUGGCAUCCAUAGAGGUCAUAACAUCACAGGAACGUGAAAUCAUAAUUAAAAAAACAAAUGGAGAGACCACUACAACCACUAUUAGAGUCUGGAACGAGACGGUCUCCAACCUAACCCUUAUGGCACUUGGUUCUUCAGCCCCUGAAAUCCUUUUGUCUUUGAUUGAAGUAUGUGGCCAUGGAUUUUAUGCUGGAGAUCUUGGUCCAUCAACUAUUGUUGGAAGUGCAGCUUUUAACAUGUUUAUCAUUAUUGCUAUUUGCGUCUAUGUCAUACCGGACGGAGAAGUUAGAAAGAUCAAACAUCUACGAGUAUUUUUUGUGACAGCUGCAUGGAGUAUCUUUGCCUAUAUAUGGCUGUACAUGAUUCUUGCUGUCUUCUCUCCAGGAGUGGUCCAAGUAUGGGAAGGGUUGCUUACCUUGUUCUUCUUUCCUGUCUGUGUUGUCCUUGCCUGGGUGGCAGACCGGCGUCUUUUAUUUUAUAAAUAUAUGCACAAAAAGUAUCGGACAGACAAACACAGAGCAAUUAUGAUUGAAACAGAAGCAGAACAUCCCAAAGGAAUUGAAAUGGAUGGCAAGGUUAUGAAUUCUCAUUUUCUAGAUGGGAAUUUAUUAAAUAUGGAUGGUAAAGAAGUAGAUGAAUCUCGUAGAGAUAUGAUUAGAAUCCUUAAAGAACUAAAGCAAAAACACCCUGAGAAGGACUUAGACCAGUUAGUAGAAAUGGCAAACUACUACGCUUUGUCACAUCAGCAGAAGAGCAGAGCAUUCUAUCGUAUACAAGCCACCAGAAUGAUGACUGGAGCUGGUAACAUUUUGAAGAAGCAUGCUGCUGAGCAGUCCAAACGAAGCACCAGUUUGCAAGACAUAUGCUUGGAUGAAUCUGAAGAGUUUGUAUCGAAAAUCUACUUUGACCCUUGUUCCUAUCAAUGUCUUGAAAACUGUGGUGCUGUACUGUUGACCAUAGUGAGGAAAGGUGGCGACAUAUCAAAGACAAUUCUGUUGGACUAUAAAACAGAAGAUGGUUCUGCCAAUGCAGGCGCUGACUAUGAGUUUACAGAGGGGACCUUGGUUUUCAAGCCUGGAGAGACACAAAAGGAGUUUUCAGUUGGAAUUAUUGAUGAUGAUAUCUUUGAGGAAGAUGAACAUUUCUUUGUGAGGCUCAAUAACAUAAGAAUAGCUGAAGCGCCAGAACCAGUGGAGCCUAAUACUUUCAGCUAUCCAAAAGCAGUAUUGGUCGCUCCUUAUGUGGCCUCAGUUACUAUUUUGGAUGAUGACCAUGCAGGGAUAUUUACAUUUGAAUGUGACAUUAUUCGUGUGAGUGAGAGUAUCGGUGUGAUGGAGGUUAAAGUCCUUAGGACAUCUGGAGCUAGAGGCACCGUCAUUAUCCCUUUUAGGACAGUUGAAGGAACUGCAAAAGGUGGUGGGGAAGAUUACGAAGAUACGUUUGGGGAACUGGAAUUCAAAAAUGAUGAAACUGUGUAA